AUCUCAUAAAAAAAUUAAUUUUCUACUUAUUUUUGCAUGCAUCGCGUGCAUACAAAAACUAGUGCCCUCUAACUGUUAGCGCUUUAUGCUCCUUAAACCUCCCACCUCCUACACUCCCCAGAAUAGAUAAACCCCAGUAGCUUAGGCCUCAGGAAAAACAACUCUGGUUGCAGCUAACAAAAUUCUGCACUCCUUAGUCCUCAGUGUUGUUAGUUCUCAAUACUUCUCUAACAUCUUUCUUCCUAAUUUAUCUCAACCUUUCCAUGUCUGCCCCAACUCUCAUCCCCAACCUCCAAACCGCAAUCUUCUUCAAACCCAUUUCACCACCAUUACCAUGUCGACGCGGAAGACCCAAUUCUUCCCGCCAUAGACCCAUAUUCUUGGCUUCUGCUUCUGGGAACCCAAAUGGGUUAUCCUGGGAUAGGCUUUCCGGGUCGAUUCGCCAUGGUUCAGACCGAUUUCUAAGCAAAUUUGGUGAAUUGAUGAAGGAAACUGGGAUGAAUUUUGGGGAUACCCAGAAGAGGAUUUAUACGCAGGUUAGCAAGUUUGAAGCUGGGUUCAGUCGUUUCAGGUUUGAAUUGGUUCCUCAGUUCAUCAAUUGGAACAAGUGGGAUAAUUGGAAAGAUGUAAAAGUUUGGAAACCUUAUCGCAUUGGUGUACUGGUGCUCUAUUUAAUUGCUAUUGUAGUGUCUUCUCGAAAAAUCUACACGGUUCUUCAAGCUCCUCGCAUUGCUCAAGAAAAGAAAGAGUUAAUGGAAGCAUAUAUGGAGGCAUUGAUUCCUAAUCCCACCCCAACCAAUGUCAGGAGGUUGAAGAAGGGGAUGUGGAGAAAAACCAUGCCGAAAGGACUGAAAAUGAAGAAGUUCGUUGAACGACCCAAUGAGACUUUAAUUCAUGAUAGUUCUUAUAUUGGAGAAGAUGCAUGGGAUGAUGAUACAGAACAACCUGUGGAAAAUCUGAAAAGCAUUAUCAGUAGUGAUGCAAGUUUAAGUGCAGAAGACAAGGAUGCAGUUGAAAGUGAGAUUGGGGUUUCAGCUCAUAAGCAAGAGCUUGCUGGAUCAUGGCGUGAAAGGCUUAAGGCAUGGACAGAAAUUAUGGAAAAGGAUAAGUUGGUAGAGCAGAUUAGUCCUUUGAAUGCCAGAUAUUCAGUUGAAUUUGACAUGAAAGAAGUUGAGGAAAGUCUUCGUAAAGAUGUGGUAGAAAAGGCAUCAGAUGCACAAGGAACCAGGGCUUUAUGGAUUUCUAAGCGUUGGUGGCGCUACCGACCUAAACUACCAUACACUUACUUUCUUCAAAAGCUUGAUAGCUCAGAGGUUGCAGCUGUUGUCUUUACUGAAGAUUUAAAGAGAUUAUUUGUGACAAUGAAGGAAGGUUUCCCUUUGGAGUAUGUUGUGGAUAUCCCUCUUGAUCCAUACUUGUUUGAGACAAUUUCAAAUUCUGGGGUUGAGGUGGAUCUUCUUCAGAAACGGCAAAUCCAUUAUUUUUUGAAAGUUUUGAUUGCGUUAUUACCAGGAAUUCUGGUUUUGUGGUUUAUAAGAGAGUCCGUGAUGCUUCUGCACAUUGCUUCCAGCCGUUUUCUUUAUAAGAAGUAUAAUCAAUUAUAUGAUAUGGCAUAUGCAGAGAACUUUAUAAUGCCUAUUGGUGAAGAUGUUGGAACAAAGUCAAUGUACAAAGAAGUAAUAUUAGGGGGUGAUGUUUGGGAUCUUCUUGAUGAAAUUUUGAUAUACAUGAGCAACCCAAUGCAGUUCUUCGAAAGGGAGGUGCAAUUUGUGAGGGGUAUUCUUCUUUCAGGACCUCCAGGUACUGGUAAAACACUGUUUGCAAGAACACUUGCAAAGGAAAGUGGUUUGCCUUUUGUGUUCGCUUCAGGUGCAGAGUUUACUGAUAGUGAGAAAAGUGGUGCUGCGAGGAUCAACGAAAUGUUUUCAAUUGCACGGAGAAAUGCUCCAUCCUUUGUAUUCAUUGAUGAAAUUGAUGCCUUAGCAGGAAGGCAUGCGAAAAAUGAUCCACGAAGGAGAGCAACAUUUGAGGCCUUGAUUUCUCAGCUGGAUGGAGACAAAGUGAAGACAGGCGCUGACCGGUUCUCACUUAGACAAGCAGUUAUUUUCAUCUGUGCAACUAAUAGGCCAGAUGAAUUAGACAUAGAAUUUGUUCGUGCUGGACGUAUAGAUCGUCGUUUGUACAUCGGCUUGCCUGAUGCAAAGCAGAGAGUGCAGAUUUUUGGUGUCCAUAGUACUGGGAAGCAGCUAGCUGAAGAUGUGGACUUUGAAAAGCUUGUCUUUCGCACUGUUGGGUAUUCUGGGGCUGAUAUCCGCAAUCUUGUCAAUGAAGCAGGAAUAAUGUCUGUGAAGAAAGGACAUUCUACGAUUUGCCAAAAGGACAUUCUUGAUGUCUUGGACAAGCAAUUGCUUGAGGGAAUGGGGGUUCUGCUAACAGAGGAGGAGCAGAAAAAGUGUGAACAAAGUGUAUCAGUUGAAAAGAAGAGUCUGCUAGCUGUGCAUGAAGCUGGCCAUGUAGUAUUAGCCCAUUUGUUUCCAAGAUUUGAUUGGCAUGCUUUUUCGCAGCUUCUGCCUGGUGGCAAGGAAACAGCCAUAUCUGUCUUCUAUCCAAGGGAAGAUAUGGUUGACCAAGGAUAUACAACCGUUGGUUAUAUGAUGAUGCAAAUGGUCGUGGCCCAUGGGGGUCGUUGUGCUGAACGUAUUGUAUAUGGUGAUGACAUAACUGAUGGAGGAAAAGAUGAUCUAGAAAAGAUCACAAAGAUUGCUAGGGAGAUAGUGAUCAGCCCAAAUAAUGCUAGGUUAGGACUUACAGCAUUGACCAGAAAAAAUGGGCUUCUGGACCAACCAGAUAGUCCAGACGGUGAACUAAUAAAAUACAAGUGGGACGACCCAAAUGUGAUACCUGCUGAGAUGACACUUGAAGUAUCUGAACUUUUCACUCGAGAAUUGACAAGGUACAUUGAAGAGAGUGAAGAACUAGCAAUGAAGGGUUUGAAGGAAAAUAGGCAUAUACUCGAUGCAAUUUCCAAGGAGCUGCUUGAAAAAUCCAGGAUCACUGGACUGGAUGUUGGGGAAAGGGUGAAACGACUCUCUCCAAAAAUGAUGGAAGAUUUUGUAAAACCAUACCAAAUUGAUAUAGAUGAGGAUGGUCCAUUGCCUCACAAUGAGCGGAUACGUUACCAACCGCUGGACAUAUACCCUGCACCACUUCACAGGGGUUAAGACAUGCCAAGUUUUUGGUCAUGAUAAUUUUUUGCGCUUCAUAGAUGGUGAGGUGAAAUCAAAUGUUUGCCAGGUGUGCAAUAUGGUAAGACUCGUCAAAUGCUGGAUAUAUUAGGAACUGAAUAUGAUGUCUCAGGCAGCGAUUUGAGAGAGCAAUCAAGAACCUGCAUUGUGCUUCAAAUCAAAUCGCGAUUCACGUGGAUUUAUAUUAUCAUUGCUGGUGGAUGUUUCACGAUGUACCUCGAUUACUAGGGGACACCGGUACACCCCUUGACAGCUGCUUUUUGCUCGAAAAGAGCAUGCAUUGUUGUUGUUUACCGUAGAUGUCUCUGCUUUUCAAUUGGAGGUAAUUCUUGGAGCAUGGCGGUACAUGUAUCAAUCAUCUAUGAGUGUCAUCAGUUAUGUAAGCAUGGUUAAAAUUGUAAUUCUUUGUUUCUUUGUGGAGGAAAGGUUCUCAUUUGUUUGCUCCUAAGACCCCACGUCCAAGUGAAGAGAGAAAGAAACAAGUGUGUUGAUUUAGCUUAGCUUUAGGGAAUGUUUUGUAGUUUUUUUGCUUUGUUUAAUCUCUUUAGUGUAUUAGACUUAAUUACUUUUGUAGUAAGUCUUUUAGUCCAUGUAUUACAUAUAUGUAACUUAAGCAUCAAUGAAAAUCACAUUUGAAGCUGCAAAAACAAAGCUUAGAAAAA